AUGUCUGCAUUGUCGCACGGCUCUGAUCCAGCACCGACCUUGAUCAGGCGCCGAAAAAUGCGAUGUGAUGGCGCGAAACCAUCAUGUGCCCAAUGCAUCCGCGCUGAACGCGGGGAUGAAUGCGAAUACGACGACGGUCUUACGAAAUCUGCGACUCAGAUGCUUUACGAGCGACUCGCAAUGCUCGAGAAGCGCUUUCGUGAGCUGCAGGCAGCAAAACGACCAGUGCGCGCACGUCGCUCGUCUCCGUGUACACGCGCAAGCUCGGACCCUUCCAGCACUAACGCCAACGUCACGCGCAGCAACUCUGCGCCAGGCCGCGUGCAUUCCCUGCCCGGGGUCAACGGCAACGCUGCAUAUGAUCAAAAUCUGUCAGGAUCGUCGACUAUGAGACGCGAAUGGCGCCAGAGCCUGCCAUCAAAUAGUGAUGGUCUGGGAGCACCAGGGUUUGGCUCCAAUUUUGCGUCCAUGGAUAACUUGGCGCAUACUCCAUAUUUUCAGUCCAUGGAUGCUAGCAGCCCGUCUAUGCAGUCGCGUUUAAGUCCGUCAUCAGGCCGUUCAACUCCAUCAUCGAGCGAGUUCUCGCAUAAUGAACUCACGGUCCGUCCGAUACAUCGAGAAGCCUCACAGAUACAGAACAAUGCGACAAGCCGACUUAAUAUGGGCUAUUCGUACGAUAGCGCUCAUCGGAUGAAAUUGGGUUUGCCUUCUCCAGGGAGUCAUUCCGAGGUCUUGAAAGGUAAUGUCGAAAUGCUUCCCACAGAUCCCUCAAACUCGUCGAGUACGUUUCAAGCAUACACUAUACUUCACGACCGAAUUUUAUAUUGGCAAUUACUAGCGCCCAAUCAGAGUAGCGAGAUCCCAACAUCCAUCAUGGAACAACUCAUGGACACAUUUUUUGCUCACUCGCAGCAAGUAGGUAUCACGAUUCUCGCGCACAACAUCGUAAAUCUCUCUUGUGUCCUCACAUCUUCCCUAUCCUCCUCGGCUUCUUGCUUAACGGACUGUGUCCUACUAUGGGGCGCGCAUUUCUCCCCCAACGAAGCUGUUCACACGUACAAGGAACAUUUCUUGCGUUCUGCACUUGCCGCACUUCCUUCGUUACUCAGCGAACCCCUUGCUAUCGCACCAGAAUUCAAACUUGCGGCGACAAGCGCCGGCCUGAAUAUUAACUCUGAAACCGUGGGUAUGUCCGGUUAUAAUGUGAUGGUAGCAACUGCCGCAAGUACAAUGCUCGCAACAUACUUUUUCGCGGAAGGCCGUGCACUUGAGGGCUCGUAUCACGCUAACAUGGCAAGCCAACUUGCAAUAUGCGCAGGACUGCAUCGCACUCCAGAUCCACGGACUUGGCAGGAAAGAAGUAUUGAUGGUAUUGAGACUCAAUCAAAUGUAGAGAACGUCUCUUUAGCGUCUCAACCGAGAGAUACGUCUUCGAACUCACAAACGAAUCAGGCCAGUCCCAGUGCUGAGCUGUUGCCUCCGCCAAGUUGCCAGUACCAUGCGUUUGAGAGACAGCACACUCUUUGGAACGCGUUUGUUCUCGACCGUGCGUGGAGCGCCGCUGGUCGGUUACCGACACCGAGCUCUCGAUGGAGUGUCGGUUCUCAGGAUAUUCCAAGAAAUAACAAUGCACUGAAGGAGACCGAUCCGAGAACAGCGAUAACCACUCCUUGGCCAGAAGACUGGGGUUUAUUCAUUGUUGGUGAAUCUGAAUGGAGUACGCAUGCGGCUGAACUGGCCCCGCCCGGUUACCCUGUAGAAGAGUUCUUGACGGGAAUAGAUGUCCGGCCACCACGGUCAAUCCUUGAGCUUCGAGCAAAGAGUGCCACCUUAUUUGAGGCUGCUUCACGUAUCUCAUCUCUUAGUGAUUCCAACAAUCCAAAACCACAACAGGACAGCAGCGUAACCUUCCUUCAGCACACCAUAUCCACAUUCCUCAGGGCACUUACGCCGCUUCCUGCACACGAUUUCCGUCCGGCUUCCUUUGCAAAAUGCUCGCCGUACACGUCGCAUACUCUCACACAUGCCGCCAUGAUCCGUCUGCACUUCAGACUUGCGGAGAAAGCAUAUACUACAUUCAGCCCUCAUUCACUCUUGCCGAAAGGCAGCUCGAUGCAGAUGAUUCGUGACGGGUUGCUCGGGUAUGACCGUAUGCUAUUGCAAUGGGCUGGCAGUGACCAACCAGGUCACAGGGGGUGUUCACCGGGAGAAUCCGUUGGAAAGAUGCGUGCGGCUGUUGAUCUAUGCUUAUCGUCAGCACGGGCGACUGUGCGGAUUGCAAGGUCCCUUGUACUAGAUGACUAUGUGUUUUUGGAACCCAUCAUCGCACCAUGCUGGUCCCUUGCUAGUGAAGUCCUCCUUUUGGAGCUUGGGCGCUUCUCGGUUAGCUCUCAACAUCCGGAGAGCGCUAAUCUAUUGUCAGAACUACGUAGUUUAGAGACGAGCUUAAAAUACCUCGGCAGGUUCUUCCCUAUCGGCAAUAUUGAAGCUAGGAGACUAACGUCUACAUUGAGUCAGGUCAUGGCAAGUGGAUAA